CCAGGAAGUCGACCGGAGGCAAGGCGCCGAGGAAGCAGCUUGCCGCUGAGGAAGCAGCUUGUCGCCAAGGCUGCUCGUAAAUCAGCACCGGCCAUCGGAGGAGUGAAGAAGCCUCACCGUUUCAGGCCGGGAACUGUGGCUCUGAGAGAGAUCAGGAAGUACCAGAAGAGUACCUCGUGGUGGCCCAACCAAAUCUUAAGUUUUGAACCCUAACUCCCUCUGUUAGUGAUAAUAAUUGAUUAUAAGCCUUCUCUUAUUUUUCAAGUAAAGAGCAUAAUCAAAUCAAUAAAAGUUUGGCUGAGCU